AUGCCGUUCUGUGAUAGUAAACUGCAAGAACUGAGUUCAACAACUGAAUCACGUGGGAGAGAAAGUCCAAUAGAAAUGUUCAUAGAUGCAGGGGAGAAGGUAGAAGUUAUUCUUGGAAAAAUUGGAGGUGACAUUAACCGUGCUCUUAGUGCUAAGAGACACAGAUUGGAAACAACUACCAAAGAGUCUUGUGAGGGAAUUGACCAGAAAUUAAAACAAGUUUGGAAGUCACAUGAAGAUGCAAUGGAGAAGCUUAAUGAAGAGUCUGCUCAGUUGUUUAUCAAUCUGUUUGAGCAGUGGAAUUCAGAUUUUCAGAAACUUCGAGAACAAUGUGAUAAACUAAAAAAUGAUUUUCAACAAGAAGAAGCAAUUUUUCAACGAUCUAGAUUUAUUCAGAACCAGAGACUGAAAACAAUUAAACAAGUACAUGAACAAUUCUUAAAGAAUUUGGAAGACCUGGAGAAGAAGAACGAUAAUAUGCUUAUCAGUAUACAAAGUGAAAUUAAAGAGGAAAUGAAUAAACUGCGAAAGAAAAUUUUGAGAGAAUCUCAACAGCAGGAGAUGGCAAAUGUUCGGCAGUCUCUCCAGUCCAUUCUCUUUUGAUGGGAAGACUAUCUGAAGAAGGAACUUCAAUCUAAGCGAUACAUACGGUUCAGAUGGCAGCUAGGAGCGAUGCUUUAAGACAAAUUCUAGUUUAAAUGAUAAGGUCAUUAGCCAU